AUGGAGGAGGCUGGGAGCGGCCAGGUGGCACAGCAAACUGGAUUUGUUCAUUAUGAAAAGGACAAGUGUGGCAUCCUUGGACAGAAACAUACACAAGGCCAGAUGACAACUACACAAGCCCAGGAGACAACAGCGCAAGAAGAGCUGACAACGACACAUGCCCAGGCGACAACGACACAUGCCCAGGCGACAACAACACAAGCCCAGCUGACAACCACACAAGCCCGGGCGACAACAACACAAGACGACCAGCUGACAUCUACACGAUCCCAAACGACAACGGAAGCCCCGCCAACAACAGUGGAAGACCAAACGACAACGGAAGCCCAGCCAACAACAACAGAAGCCCAGCCAAAAACAACAACAGAAGCCCAGCCAACAACAACACAAGCCCAGCCAACAACAACAACACAAGCCCAGCCAACAACAACACAAGCCCAGCCGACAACAACUGAACCCCAGACAAGCACCGCAGACAGUCCGACAACAACAGAAGUGGACUGUGGUCUACCUCCUGUAGUGCCAAACGCUGUAUCUAGUGUGACAGGAACCGGAACUGGCGCGCAAGCCGUGUAUGUUUGCAACGCUGGAUAUGCACUUAAUUCCACAAACGCCGUGGCCUGUUUGGCUGAAGGGAAAUGGGACGCUACGCCGGCGUGUUUAGAUAUAGACGAGUGUUCGGCAAAUACAGACGGUUGCGAACACAACUGUACGAACUCCGUGGGUAGUUACACGUGUUCUUGCAAUGCUGGAUAUUCUCUGGCCGUGGACAACCAUUCAUGUCAAGAUCUAAACGAAUGUAGCUUGACUACAGACGGCUGUUAUCACAUGUGCAACAAUACGGUCGGAAGUUUUACUUGUUCCUGUAACACAGGGUACACCUUGCAAGGGGAUGGUAAAUCGUGCCAGGAUAUAGACGAGUGUUCUGCAAAUACAGACGGCUGCGAACACAACUGUACCAACACUGAGGGUAGUUACACGUGUUCUUGUAAUGCUGGAUAUUCUCUGGCCGUAGACAACCAUUCGUGUCAAGAUAUUAAUGAGUGCAAUUCGAAUACACAUGGAUGUGAACAAGUGUGCAAUAAUCACGGAGGGGGAUAUAGCUGUGCGUGUAACUCCGGAUACCAGCUACAAGUUGACGGCUACAGUUGCCAAGAUAUAAACGAAUGUAACUUGACUACAGACGGCUGCGAUCACAUGUGCAACAAUACAGUCGGAAAUUUUACUUGUUCCUGUAACACAGGGUACACCUUGCAAGGGGAUGGUAAAUCGUGCCAGGUGCGGACAUCUCCUCCAGUUUUGCAGUUUACGAACCAAGAAAUACUAUGUUCUGAUCUUUCUGCGAUAGUUAGUAGCAGCGACAUGGGGGCGUGGCUCAAAGACACGUACGUUGAAAGUACAAGCACUAAAGUGUGGGUCCUCAAAAAAGCUCACGACGCAAAAGACCUAUACGAGUAUCUCACUGAGGCCGCCAUGGCCAAUGCCAACUCGUACGAUUCUGAUACAACCCUCAACACACACUGUGACGGAACCGGUCAUGUCGUUUACAAUGGUUCUAUUUAUUGUGAUAGUCAUGACAAUAACAAUGCAGAAAUCAUCAAAAUUCGAAUAGCUGACAACACCCUUAUUGUGAACGUUGCUCUCCCUGCAGGGGCCGGGGCGCACGACGAAUAUUCCUACUCGGGAAUAUCCAACACCGACACCGAUUUCGCCGUGGAUGAGUUUGGCAUGUGGGCGCUGUACCAGACGGACAGUAACGGGAUGAAAUUAAGUGAAGUGGACCUCUCUGAUCUCUCCUUGUCAAAUACGCAUACCAUAUCAGUAACAACCCGGGGGUCCAUCGGGGAAUCGUUCAUGUACAAGGGCGCGCUCUAUACGAUCGAGUCCAACGAACAAUCGCCCACCAUGAACGUGAAGUACGUGUACGACACCCUGACGCAGCAGGAGCACACGUGGUCCAACGCCAUGAGUGUCCCAAAUCCUGGAUCGAAGGUGGUCAUGUUAGAUUAUAAUCCCAGAGAUCAGAAACUGUACAUGAUGGUCGAUAGUGGGAGUGUGUUACAAGCUGUAAGGUACAGCGUCAGCGAGACGUGACCGAGAUAUGACAACGCUCGAAUCUGAAAACUAUAUGAAAUCCUAGUCCACCAUAACGCAAAAAUAAUAAUUGGGCCGAUCAAAACCGGUUUAGUAUUUUAAAACUAAGAAGAAUCAGCACAUGUGAAUUGUAAUAGUUGUACUGUACAGAUUUGGAUUUUUGAAGUGUGGUAUUUCGCGUUACAGGUGUAGGUGAUUUUCAUAUUCAAUAACUGAACAAAGGGAAAUAAGAGCGUGCGUUGUAGAACCCAUCUAGAUACCAGAUUCGACAUAAAAAUACGAGUGCAUGGUGUUUUAUGCGUGUUAAUGAUGUAUAUUGUUUUGGCAAGAAUUCGAGAAUAAGAAUCAAUUAGGCCUAAAUGUUUUGCUUAUCAAGCACAGUAAGGUGAUCGACAGAUGCAGGGAGAGCAAAUUAAUUUGUUUUGAGCAUGCUUUGUGGAUAAAUGAAAAUGUACAGGAACCGCACCAAGUGACGUCAGUGCGGUCUGUAAAUGUCAGAUUGACAUUGGACAGUGUUUGUGUCAUAAGACCCAUAAGUUUGGAACAAAAGAACGUUCAUAGCAGUGCCCACUACAUUUCAAUGAGACUUUAAGUCAAUAAUAAUAGA